AUGGGGUAUGACUUUGAGAUUGUGUAUAAAAAGGGAAGUACCAAUAGGGUUGUGGAUGCUCUCUCGAGGAGAGAUGAAGGAGAGAUGGAAGAAGGGGAAUUACAGCUGAUUUCCAGGCCAUUUUGGCAUGAUUUUAACGAUAUUCUACGAGAGGUGGAGGAGGAUGUAGCAUUGCAGAAAGUGAUUGCUGAUCUGAAACAGGAUUCCAACUCUCAUGGAGCAUACACUUUGGAGAAUGAACGAUUGCAUUACAAAGGCCGGAUGGUGAUAUCGUCCAGUUCGACUUGGAUUCCAAAGUUACUUGCUGAAUUCCAUGUAACUAAAACUGGGGGUACUCGGGAGUCUACAGUACAUAUAGGAGGAUAG